AUAGUGAAGCAAAGAACAAGUUUUAAUUCCCAACAACGCUACAAUUAGUGUAAUUACGCGAGCAUAAUGUGGAAGUUUGCGUUUGUGAUUAUUUCCUUUCUGGCUAUAAACAGUGUGCAGCCGCAAGCUGGCACGUCAUGCACCACCCCGAACAGGCAGAUAGGCGUUUGUCAGGUGUUCCAGUACUGUGCAUCCCUGAUCCGACUGUACCAAUACAAUCGGAAUCAGGAGACGGUAAACUUCUUGCUCGCGUCCCAGCGCAGCUGUGGCAAUCGCAACUAUAACGGCAGCCCGGUGCUUUGCUGCAGUGAUGGUGUGCAGUAUGAUCCCACUACAACUUCGUCUCCUUUUGUAGAGGUAACGACGGCAGCAGCGCUUCGUACGGCCGAUUGCGUUGGACCAGACAAUCGCGAAGGAUAUUGCAUAAGCAUACGCAACUGUCCGAGCGUUUUGAAUGAGUUCGUCCAGCGUCAGAGGGAUCCGCAGUACGUGCAGUACAUCCAGCGCUCGAAUGCGGUGUGUAACUACAUCCAGCCCAACGUGUGCUGUCCCCUGCAGGGAGUCACGCAGGUUCCACCAGCUCCACCGACUGCUCCACCAACUGCCCCACCGACGGCUCCACCUCCACCUCCACCACCACCACCAGCACCAGUCACAGAGGCACCGCCACCACCACCACCACCAUCGCCAGCUGCAGGUCCUGCCCAGCUACUUACCCCCGAAACCGGAUGCGGCUAUAGCAUUGUGCAGCACAAUCGGGUCGUUGGUGGCGUUCCAGCCGAACUGAACGGAUGGCCCUGGAUGGCGUUGGUCGGCUACAAGAAUGCUUUGGGUGAAGUUUCGUUCAAGUGCGGUGGUUCGCUCAUCACGAAGCGACACGUACUCACAGCUGCUCACUGCAUUCGGCGCGAUCUAUCAUCGGUUCGGCUGGGUGAGCACGAUACGUCCACGGAUGUGGAAACGAAGCAUGUCGACGUACCGGUCGUUCGGUACGAAACUCAUCCAUCGUACGACAAGAAGGACGGACACACUGAUUUGGCCGUGCUAUUUAUGGAGUUCGAGGUGCAGUUCAGUGAUGCGAUCAAGCCUAUCUGCCUGCCAUUGAGUGACACGAUCCGCAGCAAGAACUUCAUCGGCUACACACCGUUCGUGGCCGGCUGGGGUCGCACACAGGAGGGUGGCAAGUCCGCCAAUGUGCUGCAGGAGCUGCAGAUUCCCAUCAUUGCCAACGACGAGUGUCGCACGCUGUACGACAAGAUCGGUAAAGUGUUCUCGCAGAAGCAGUUCGAUAAUGCGGUUAUGUGCGCGGGCGUGAUCGAGGGUGGCAAGGAUUCGUGCCAGGGCGACAGCGGUGGCCCGCUAAUGUUGCCGCAGCGUUUCGGCACCGAGUUCUACUACUUCCAGGUGGGCAUCGUGUCCUACGGUAUCGGAUGCGCCCGAGCCGAGGUUCCCGGUGUGUACACGCGUGUCGCCAGCUUUGUCGACUGGAUUCAGCAAAAGGUUGCGGAACCGCUGUAAAAGUGUUGCUAGAGCUGAAUGGAGACUGUUUGUUAAUGGUGUUUCUCAGUAAUAAAUGGUAUUAUUAGUGUUUUGAGUACAAAU